CUCAUAACUUAAAUGAGGUACACAAUAUUUAUUCGUCUACUUAAUAAAUUAAAAUUCGUGCAUAGAAUUAAUUGUUGCUAUAUGUUAUCCUUGUGUAAACGAAUUACUAUAAAACAUUGUACUAUUUAAUCAAUUAAAAUGUUACUGCCAAAUAAAUUAAUGAGUGCACUAUAUUUUGAAAUAUUCUUAUGGAAUAUUAAUUUGGCGGAAUGGAUAGAGAUGCCACAGUUUUCCGACGAAAAAAAAAUAUACAGAAUACCUUUCCCAAAGCAAGAUCAGUUUUAUACAUUUUCUCGAACACCUACGGAAAAUCAGUUUCCUUAUGAAUAUCAAAACGUAGCUCACGAAGAUAUGGUCAUGGAACAAAUAGCGAGUAACGAAAGUACACAUGUUUUUUCGAAAAUAAAAGAUUCUGUCGACGAACCUGCGAUUCAUGAACAUUCUGAUGAAGAAGACGCGUUUAUAACCGAAUCCCAACCAUACAACGAGAAGACGUUUUUGCCGACAAUGGAGGAAGAAGAUAUAAAUGGAGAACACUUUAACGAGACUUUAGGUUCAAAUGACGUAGAUAUUUUGAAGUAUUUGCCAGUGGACGUACUUAAAAAUGUUCAUCAAACUUUAAAAUCGCAACCUGCGACUAGCGAGGGAAAAAUUUUAUUUUUAAGAACAUUUAAAAAAACAUUAAUGACUGAAAUAGAGUCUCAACUUGCACAGACUAUACCGGCUAAUCGAGAGAAAAGAGGCACUGAUCACUAUGAUCACAGUUACGAUUACCAUGAACACGCCACAGGAUUCCCUUCCAUAGAAGGUGCAUUGAUGGCUAUUUCAUUUCUUACCUUUGCAGUAUAUCUUGUUCGAUUAGUCAUGCUUUUAUUCAGAAACAUGAAUAAUUCUGCAUCGACUACUGCUGCCCCUACUUUGCUUCUUGGUAGAAGAAAAAAAUCUAUAAACUUAUUCGACGAAGACACGAUUAAAAUACUUAAUAGUGUGGAUAAUUUUUUCUCACGUUUUCAAUAA